ACAACUGGCAUGGCAAAAGAAGCAUUUGGCAGGAAAAGCAUUGUGCAAUGCAUGAAUUGCUAAGAAUUAGAAUAGCGAGUGAAGAUGGUAGACGAUCUGAAAGACAGGAGAGGAUACGCGAAUAUGGAAAGGCAAUGGAUAGAGAGAAGAGUGUAGCCGGAAAAACAGAAGCAAACGAAAAGCUUCUAGAGCCAGGAAAGAACGCAUCACAUCCCCUUUCAUUUCUUAUCGCCGGUGAUUAAUCUUUUAUCUGGUGGCGACGUGGUUGCUCCUUGAUAUCGUUCUUGAAAAUUCGUUACAAUUAAAUAGAAGAAAAAGCAUAAGUAGUUUUUCUUGGUCAAGAAUCAAAUCUUGCCUUGUUAAUUACGUCAAAAACGCCAAAAAUCAAAAUUCUCCUUUUAUUCGCAGCUGCCACGCUAAUUUUUACGAACUUAACUAAAAAAUAUACUCUAGAAUGACUAAUACCGAAAAUUAAUCAAGAAGAGUGAAAGGGACUUUGCAGAAUGUGUGAAGAAAGCAAUAGUUGAAACGACUGCUUAAAAAAAAGGAAAGUAAUUUUCUGUUUUAUUUUUUUUAUAAUAAUUUAUAUUUUUUGUACUAAUAUGAGGCGGGCCGAUCGUAGUAGUUAAGGCUUUCCUGCAUAGUUCUAAUGAAUCGUUUAUUGGACGGUAGUAGUUCCGUUGUACUUUUGCAGAUUUUGUGUAUUCUUGGUUUUUUGCUAUGGAAUCUGAAAAAUUUCCGCUCCCUAGACUUUUUUAAACAAUUUAAUUAAUGGAUUUUGAAAGUCCCGACGUAAUGAAAGACUUUCCAGGUUUAUAUGCCUCUGAUAUUCACAAAACAAAAAGCAACGAUCCGGAAUAUAGUGACGAUGCUGAAAAAGUUACUAAAAAAGAUAUAUUAAUAGGCAAACGUAAGGAUAAGAAGGAUAAAAAGGACAAGGAACGAGGCUAUGCGGCUUUAGAAGGCGAAAGUUCGGCAGAGGAAAGUUACGAGGUUAGAAGCCCUUCGAAAUCAAAGAAAUCUAAGUCAUUUAAAUUCCCGACAAAAUCGAAAGAAAAGCGAGAAAAAUCUCGGGAGAAAGAUAAGGAGUUUACUGAAAAGAAGAAAGAGAAAGACAAACGUACAGAGAAGAAAAUUGAAAAGGAUAAGGAGAAGUGUAAAGUAGAAAAAAAGGAGAAGAAGGUUAAAAGUGAGGAUUGGUGCGAUAUUGCAGAGGUCUUGCCUAUAUUCGGUGUUAAUUUGAAGUUGGCUAUCGAGCAUGGGAGAUGUCACGAUGGAAUCGACCUUCCUGUUCCUGUUAGAGCAUGUAUCGAAUAUGUAGAGGAUCACGGCCUGACGUUUGAAAAUGUUUACAAAGUUAGUGGGCCCAAAUCCAAAGUGCUUCAUUUAAAAAAAUUGUACAAUCAACGAGAGCAUGUUAAUCUAUCAGACUACGAUGUACCUACUGUGACAAGUCUAUUGAAAAUGUUUUUAAGGGACUUGCCUGAGCCUGUAUUUACUGCUGACUUAUUAAUACGCUUUGAGGAGGCCGGAGCAAUCUUAAAUGUAGCGGUGCGAGAAAAACACUUAAAAAUUUUAGUUGGUAAUUUACCCGAGACCAAUAGAUUACUGUUGUCAUGGAUUACAGUCCACCUAUAUAAUGUAACCUUAAACGAGAGGCUCAAUAAAAUGAGCCCACAAAAUAUCGCAUUAUGUCUUAGUUCAACGUUACAAACAUCACAGCGACUUUUGUCUUCGCUUCUGUUUCACUGUCCCGCCUUGUUUCCAAACACAGUCUUAGAGCAUUAUGUCUACCCAUUAACUUCUAGUUCCCAGUUACCGGAUGAUCCUGAAUUGAUGGAGCAAGAACUAUUAAAACAAGAAUCUUUACUGGCACAAAUUCAUUCCGAAAUGAAUGUUGGCUUUAUAUCUAAACAAAGAGAAGAACUGUUGUGGGAAGUACAAAGGAUCAUCACUCAAUUAAAGCGAAAGUUAAAAACCGCUAACAAAGAUCGAGAACUGCUAUUUGAAAAAAUUGACGAGCAACAUGUUGAGGAAACUACAGAAAAUGAAGGAGAAAGAUCUGCUACCCCUACAAUUUCUUCGGAAGCCGAAGCUCCCCCUUCACAAUCGGCGGAAUGCGUGGAGGAACCAACAACCGUAGAAAUGGAAGUGACCACCGAAAUAGCCGCCCCUGUUUCCGACACCAAUUUAUCAGAUUCGUCAUCUUGUGAAAAACAUUCGGUAAAAGACGCAGAGCCGGUGGAGGUAACCCCCAGUGCUCCAGAAAACAAACUUUUAAAUAACGCUUUGGCGAUAUUGCAAAUAAAAAAUACUUUUUUAAACAAUCUGAAAGAAUCCUUUUUGAAACAAAUUGAACAAGAAAGGGCCGAAAUAACGACACUAGAAGCUCAGCUGUCUCAAAAAGAUUACAUUCCUUUUUAUGGUGACACGAAUUCUGUUAGUUUAGACGAAAUUAUGGAUUUGCUCCAGAAGGAGAAUCAGAUAUUGCAAAUUAAAAAAAUUAAUCUCGUACGGCAAAUUAUGGAGCAGCAAGAAGAGUGCAUAGAUUUAAAAACGAAAAUUGACGCCUGUACUAAAAACGUAUUUCUUACUUAAUGUAUAUAAAGUAUAUUUAUUUUCAGGUUG